AUGGCGCUGUGCGCGCUGAACUUCGGUGCUAAAAUGGAGCAUCGCCGCAUCCCAGCUGGCGGCACAGGCGGCGGCGCGGGCGGCGGCGGCGGCAGCGGCGGCGCCGGCGGCGCCGCCGCGUUUGCCAAGAAGGGCAGCACCAAGUCGCUCACCGCCGCAGGCGGCUCGGCGCUCAUCCUCGCGCUGGCCGCGCGCACGAUGGUCGGGUCCGGCGCAAAGGGGGCGAUCGCGGUGGCGCUCGCGGUAUCGGUGCUGCUGACACUCGUCAUGUCAAGGCGCUACCAGGCAUCCCGCAAGUUCAUGCCGGCGGGCCUCACCGCCGCCACGUCACUCCUGAUCUCCGCCGCAUACAUCGGCGCCCUCACGUAA